GCUUAAAUAGACUACUGACACGACACAUAUGCACCCAUGGUGCACACUGUUUGUCUGUGACAUGUACUUGACGUUGGCAAUCGGACCACGAGCGUCUCGUUAAAACCUCAUAACCUGUCUCUCUGUGAUAUGUACUUGACGUUGGCCAUCGGACCACGAGCGCCUUGUUGACACUUAUCAACCUGCUACAGCUGCAGGUGACUUCCACGGCACCAUGGAGAAACUUACCCUUCAUAACCUCGCCAGAGAAGGUGACGACAUGACGCUGAAGGCCAUGCUUGACAAUCCUGAGAACAACAGUUACGUGGACUUCGACACUCGGGAUUCAAACAAACUGACAGCUUUGCAGUGUGCAGUCAUCUGGGACAACCCACAUGUCCUCAGUGUACUACUUCACGAUGAAAGAACAGAAAGUGCCCGCCAGGUGCGAGACAGCGAGGGUCUGUCCCUGGCACACUAUGCAGCCAAGACUGUCCGGGGGAACAUUAAUCCCGGCAUCUGUAUCGACGGCAGCGUGGUCCGUCGCGACAGCGGCGAGGAGGGGAGGUCUUGCCUGAAAGUCAUCAUAGACAGUGACAAAGUACAGAAAAGAAAAUGGAGGAAGAAGAGCGGACGCAAGAGGCUGACCCUGGAGGAAGAUGCGGAGAAGCGGGAGGAGAAGCUGCUGAUGUAUAGCCGAGAUCUCGGGGGACAGACACCCAUGCACUACGCCGUCAUGUCCGGGAACAAACACGCCGUUGAACUUCUGAACGACAACGACGACACCUCGAACCCCGACAGCAGACAUGAAAAGACGGCAGAAUGGCAAGAUGACAAGAAAAAACUCAUAUAUAGUGCAGACCGCCAUGGCAUGACCCCUCUCCACGUAGCUGCCAAAUAUGGUCAGGUGACGAUAGCCCCGUACCUGCUGGACCGAAAUGCGAGCAGCCUGUCCCUGGACGGCGACAACUCCACCCCUCUGCACUAUUCAGCCGCGGCCGGCAACCUGGACAUGACCAACCUGUUCCUGGAGAGGACAGAAAAUGUCACUGAACUCGUGAACCAAAAGGACAAAGAGGGAAACACGGCACUCCACCUUUCUGCAGAGAACGGACACGAGAAAGUAGCAAAUAUCUUGCUCAGCAAGGGUAUAGGUAUGUACCUUUAA